UCACAAAUAAGCAAAAGUAGCAAUUAGGGAUGAAUUUCGAAAAAAAACAAAAUGACAGGGAGGAAGCGAGAAUCCAUUAAAUGUUUUAUCCACGGUUCAUACCCACAAGCACGCAUCUCCUUCAGCAUAUUGAUGGCUCCUGAAACAUCCUUCCUUUUACACAGGCGGCGGAAUUGAAGGAGAAGUUGAGGGGGCUGGUGAAGGCCAUCGUGGAGGACGACGACUACACCACGCGCCACGCUGAAGACGCCAUCGCCACUCUAUCGACUCUUAGGGAUUUGAAGAGAGCAUCGCCCUCAUUCUUCGAUGAUUUCAGCUUCCCCGUUCCUCCUGAAUUUCGAUGUCCCAUUUCCACCGAGUUGAUGACGGAUCCUGUUAUCUUGGCCACUGGACAGACUUAUGAUCGGGCAUACAUUCAGAGGUGGUUGAAUGAAGGGCACAGAACAUGCCCUCAAACCCAACAAGUCCUUUCUCAGGCACCACUGUUCAUCGCUGUCUUACCAUCAGCGCAUGUCGCCACCACUGUUAGCACUCUCAGGCACUUUCCCGCCAUGAAAUUGAUGGAGGCGGUGCUUUGCAAUGUCUUCGAAACUGUCUUGAAAAUUUUCGAACGGAAAAGCUCGGCUUUCGCUGACUGAGACAUCGAAACCGAAGCCAAAAGUGACAAAAUGGCACCAUUAAGCUCCUCAGUUCCGUCGUUCAGAAGCUUCACGAGCUGCUACAAUAAUAAGCCUAGCAUUUCUGCCUUCCACGCUUCCACCGCUUGGAUUGAAAAUUGCCGGCGAGAAACUCCAAAACUCUAACCGAUGUGACCUUCGAUUUCACAGAUCCCUUCUCAAGAGUAAAAGCAAUAUCAAAAAUGGAAUUUUGAUUUUAAAAUAAAAAAUUUGUCACUGGAACACUCAAUCUUACCGCAUAUUAUAAUUAUUAAUUAGGAAGUUGAACCGGUUUGCAAUUUUAACACUCAAAUCAAACCAGACCAAGUUAAACCGGUUUGUAAUUUUAUCAAACUUUGAGUCAAAUACAUAAUUUCUAAUAAAUGUCGUACGGAUAUCAUCUUGACCAUUGAAAUAGCAUCUUUUCAUCUGGUCCACCAAGGUCUUAAAAAUACUUUCCCCACCAAAGACAAAGCCUUCAAUUUCAUUCCUUUGUCCGAAAGAUUAUCACAAUCACCUUAUUUGCCCCUCUCGCGUGAUUUUUUCACACGUGCAACU